AUGGACGUUGUGAUCGAGGACACAGAGACUCUUUUUACCGAUGUGUUCUCACAUCUUGCGGCGGUGGAGUCCCAACCGGGGACAGUCUUGCUCGACGAGGACUUAUUGAAACGGGCAGAGCGGAGCCUGGAUGCCUCGACACCCAGACAUCUGCUAUGGCGGCUGCUAGGGACCGGCGAAACACUCCUCCAAACGAUUCAACAGGAACCCCGACCACUCACUCGAUUAUUGGAGCGAACUGUGUCGUUGAUCCCAUUUGACGAAUUGAAGACUUCGAUUUCUGCCGAGAAACUCGAACAAGGUCUGACCUCACCGCUGGUCUCAGUUCAGCUGCUCUGUCUGGCAUAUCUACGCAAAGCCGCCGACUCGCCUAGCGGUGCUUCUUUCGUUGCAGCAAGCUCAAGUCUGGUGCAAUGCUUAUUUACCAUUUGGCUCUCAUCCGAGAGUACUGAGGUGGCGGAACGUUCUUUGGAAGGCAUCGAGGCGCUACUUGCAGUCGACAGCCAGAAUAGUGUCACGGUCGAGGUGGGUCGUGAUGGCAUGGGCGAAACCCAAGGGCAUGGCCUCUUAUGGCGCCGUGUGUUCCACGACCCUGAUGUUUACGAAGUACUCUUUGUGUGGACUUCGCUUGUCAAAUCGAAACGAGACACCAAAACCAAGAAGGGCAUCCAACUCGUCACGAUCUCUCAGGCGAGACUCUUCGAUUUUAUUGCGAGACUUGCACCUUUCGAUUGGCAAGCCAUUACAACCUCCACCAUCCCUACUGUGGAGACCCAGUACCUGCAAGGAAAUGGUGACAGCCAGCCCUUUGGCGGCAUAUUGCGUUACGCCGCAUCACACAUGAUCGAUUCCGACGACAUUCUGAUGCAAGUGCUCCGGCAGGACUUUUUCCUCAAGCUCCUUGCAGUUGUCGAAGAGAAGAACGGUCAGAACGUUUCUCCUCCGCUUCUGGAGGCAAUCCAGCAAGGCGCAGGAGUUGAAUCUGCCAGAGACGUAGGAAAUGGCGGUAUGCACCUGUAG